UUAGAUCUGCGGUUUCGUUGUUAGAUAACAACGUAUUUUUCCUAGUAUUUUUUGAGAAAAGACCGCAAAAACCCUACCGUUUUCAACCGUAAAAACUCCCAUGCGAUCCCACCCGGCGGUGGUACCGGUUGGACCGAUGGUGUGCUAGGUAGAGCGGUUUGUUUGUUUGUUUGUUUUUUUUCGUCGCAGCCCAUAAAACGUCGAUUGCGUGGGAAUGCUGCGGUCGUGUUGGCCGUACGUGUUCGGUAACUCCCGGGCACUUCCCCGGGUUACUACUACAGCCGAGUAUCACACGUUGCUAGUUCCGGCACUGCAUACUGGCGACCGCCGGUUGCGAUCACUUUUGCGAAAUGGCACACCAUCACUAAUCGCCCCCGGAGUACUGGCCAAUGGACUGUUUUGGGAACGGCAUCGCAAGGGAGGCUACCAGAAGCGUGGACCCUCACCGUCUGCAAUCGAGCUGAUUCGGGACGGGCUACGCGAAAUGCGCCAGGAGCUGACACUGAUGGGACAGGAGUGGAAGGAGCGAUUGGAGAGCGACCCGCUCGUAGUGUUCCGGCCGGGCGAAGUCGACGUCGUGUUUGGAUUCAACCAACCAGAACAACUGGAUAGGUGGAUUGUAACAACCGACAGUGACCACGGUGAGGGAUACUCUACGGCGAAGCUGGAGCUAAGUUCCGCUGGCUAUGGGUUGUUUCAUGGAACGCUUGAAUCGCGCGUCCCAAUCGACGGUCGCAUCAAGCGUGCCGGUUACGCUAACAUCAAAAGUCAAAGAAUACGGAAAUCGUUUAAACGGGAUGCGUACUACGACUGGGGCCAGUAUAAUACGCUGGUGCUCAGGGUGCGCGGUGAUGGACGAUCCUACCUUAUUAACCUGGGUGCGGACGGCUACUACGACAUACUGUGGAAUGAUGUAUACCAUUACGUGCUGUACACGCGUGGUGGACCACAUUGGCAGAUCGCAAAGAUACCGUUUUCCAAAUUUUUCCUCGCAUCCAAGGGCCGGGUGCAGGACAAUCAGGGACCGGUGCCGCUCAAUCGCAUCACCAGCGUCGGCUUAUCGGUCGGAGCACGCGGCGGACAUGAAGGUAACUUCCGGCUGGAGCUGGAUUACAUCGGGUUAGAGUUUGAUCCGUCGCACCAGGAGGAGUUCGCUUAUGAGAUGUACAAACAACCGAAGUACAUUGUUGCUACGUAGAAAGUA